AUGCAUACUCCGGCAACUAAUAGUAUCGGCAAACAUAAUAAUGUUCGUAAGGCAAAUAGAGGAAAUAAUGAAGAAUUGGCGAAAUUAUUAAGAAAUGAUAUCUCGGGAACUACUAUUAUCGAUCAAUCUGUUGAAAGCAUAGGGUUCUCUAAUAAUUCGGUAUCAGAAUAUCCAGAUAAUAUAUAUCCUGAGCCAGCCUUUCGAGAGAGUGUUGAAGAUGCUACUCAAAGAAGAUUGCUUAAUAGGCACGUCCAAUUCAUUGCUAUUUCAGGAGUUAUUGGAACAGCUCUGUUUGUAGCCAUUGGUAAGCCGCUUUAUAGAGGAGGACCUGGAUCAUUAUUAUUGGCUUUUAUACUUUGGUGUGUACCAAUUUUAUGUAUUACAGUUUCAACUGCUGAGAUGGUAUGCUUCCUUCCAAUAAGUUCUCCAUUUUUGAGAUUAGCAAAUAAAUGUGUCGAUAAUUCAAUGGCUAUGAUGGCUAGUUGGAAUUUUUGGGUAUUAGAAUGUGUCCAGAUACCACUGGAAAUCGUUUCAGUGAAUACAAUUAUUCAAUAUUGGACAGAUAAUUAUUCACCUGCUUUUCCACUUUUGAUUCAAGUACUUCUAUACUUGCUUAUAUCAUUUUGUGCGGUUAAGUAUUAUGGUGAAUUAGAAUUUUGGUUAGCUUCAUUCAAAAUUAUUCUUGCUAUUGGUUUAUUUUGCUUUACCUUUUUCACGAUUCUAGGCGCAAACCCCAAGCAUGAUAGAUAUGGUUUUCGUAACUUUAGUGAAUCUCCAUUUAAAACGUAUUUUCCAAAUGGCAAUACUUCAUCUGGGGAUAUGUACGGUUACUUCCAUGGCUUUGCAAAUUGCUUAAUUCAAGCUUCUUUUACUAUGGCUGGUGGUGAAUAUAUUUCUAUGCUUGCAGGGGAAGUUAAAUUACCUAGAGAGGUUCUCCCUAAAGCUUUUAAACAAGUAUUUUAUAGAUUGACUAUUAUUUUCAUUGGAAGUUGUAUCUGUGUUGGUCUUAUAUGCUCACCAAAUGAUAAAAAUCUAACUGCAUCAAUAAAUGAAGCUCGACCUGGUGCUGGAUCGUCACCUUAUGUCAUUGCUAUGAACAAUUUAGGAAUUAGAAUAGUACCAGAUAUUGUUAAUGGUGGUUUAAUUACUGCUGCAUUUUCUGCAGGGAACGCUUAUACUUAUUGUUCUUCUCGUACCUUAUACGGAAUGGCAUUGGACGGAUAUGCCCCAAAAAUAUUUACAACUUGCACGAAGAAUGGUGUACCACUUUAUGCUGUGGGUGUAUCUCUGUUAUGGGCUGUCCUCAGUCUUUUACAACUUAAUUCUAACAGUGCUAUUGUUCUGAAUUGGUUGAUCAACUUGGUUACUGCUUCCCAGUUAAUUAAUUUUGUGAAUCUUUGUAUAAUAUAUUUGUUUUUCAGAAAGGCAUAUUUACUGCAAAAGGAUAGCCUGCCUGAAUUGCCAUUUAAAUCUUGGGGUCAGCCAUUUACUGCAUAUUUUGGAUUAUUUUCUGCCCUUAUUAUGACAUUUGUUCAAGGAUAUACAGUUUUUUAUUCCAAUCUAUGGACAUUUCGUGAUUUUUUAUUUUGUUAUUUCAUGGUAUUUUUGGACAUUGGAUUAUACAUUUACUGCAAAAUAUUUCAAGGCCCUGAUGAAUUCAAAUCUCCUGAAAAUGUAGAUUUUGCUACUGAUUUAAAAGAAAUCGAGGCACACGAGUUAAAUAAUUCAUUUGAUGAUUUCAAACAUUUCCAUGCAUAA